UGUGAGCGAGUCAAAAACCCCGAAAAGAAAAGUCAAGUUGUUGAAACGCAAGCCAUUUGGAUUCCACAUCCGACACCCCUCCUCUUUCGAUUCUCAGCUUGGAUUGAAUUGAUUCCGAUCGUAAAGAAGAAGAAGACGAAGAAGUAGAAGGUUUACAGAGAUGUGGGCUGCUUCGUGCCUGGCAUCGUGCUGCGCGGCUUGCGCGUGCGACGCGUGUCGGACGGUGGUGUCGGGGAUCAGCCGCCGCUCCGCCAGGAUCGCCUACUGCGGCCUCUUCGCUCUCUCUCUCAUCGUCUCUUGGAUUCUUCGCGAGGUCGCCGCUCCUCUAAUGGAGAAGCUCCCCUGGAUCAACAAUUUCCAUCACACACCUAGUAGAGAAUGGUUUGAAACAGAUGCUGUGCUGCGUGUUAGCUUGGGGAAUUUUCUCUUCUUCACUAUCUUAGCAAUUUUAAUGGUCGGUGUAAAGAAUCAGAGAGAUCCCCGUGAUGGUUUGCACCACGGUGGAUGGAUGAUGAAAAUUAUUUGCUGGUGCCUUCUGGUCAUCUUUAUGUUUUUCCUACCAAAUGAGAUUAUUAACUUCUAUGAGACCAGUUCAAAGUUUGGCUCUGGAUUGUUCCUUCUUGUUCAAGUUGUUCUUUUGUUGGAUUUUGUACACAGAUGGAAUGACACAUGGGUUGGCUAUGAUGAGCAAUUCUGGUACAUUGCUCUAUUUGUAGUCUCACUUUUUUGUUAUGGGGCCACCUUUGUCUUCUCUGGCCUUCUCUUCCACUGGUUCACACCAUCUGGACACGACUGUGGACUCAACACGUUCUUCAUUGUUAUGACUCUAAUUUCUGUUUUCGUCUCUGCUGUAGUCGCGCUGCACCCUACUGUAAGCGGUAGCAUUUUGCCAGCGUCCAUCAUAUCUCUGUACUGCACAUACCUCUGCUACAGUGCACUUGCCAGCGAACCUAGGGAAUACGAGUGCAAUGGUCUCCACAAGCACUCAAAAGCUGUUUCUACUGGGACACUUACUCUUGGUCUGCUUACCACUGUUCUAUCUGUUGUAUAUUCAGCCGUACGUGCAGGGUCUUCCACAACUCUUCUUUCUCCACCAAGCUCACCUCGUGCUGGUGCUGGGAAGCCUCUGCUUCCAUUGGACAAGGUAGAAGAGCAUGAGGAGAAGGAGAAGGCAAAGCCAGUAACGUACUCUUACUCAUUUUUCCAUCUUAUCUUCUCUCUGGCUAGCAUGUAUUCAGCAAUGCUUCUGACUGGGUGGUCUACAUCGGUUGGGGAGAGCGGGAGGUUGGUCGACGUUGGCUGGCCAUCCGUGUGGGUUAGGAUCGUAACUGGUUGGGCAACUGCAGCGCUGUACAUCUGGUCUCUUGCUGCUCCUAUUCUGUUCCCGGAAAGGGAAUUCUAAACUCCCCCUCACCGAAUAAACAACCAAGGUUUCGGUUAAAGAUUGUCUUAGACUUUGUAAAAACAUGCCUGUGUGUACUUAAAACAAGUUGCGAAAGAAAAAAAAUGGCUAUAAACUUUCGUGUAAAUAGAAUGGUUGUGCUCUUAAGAAGUUGUGUCUAGAAUCUUGACAUACAUUACAAUGAACCGUGUAUAUCCGGCAAAAGUAAUCUUUGUUGAAGUACCGACUGCGGUUAUGCUUAUUAAGUCGAUUGAUAUUACUAGCAA